UGUCCUAGCACGAGAUGAUGAAAAGGCGAGAGGGGAGAAGGAGGCAUUGCUGCGGCGGCUGCCUUCUGCUGCUCCGGGGACUCCUUUUUUCCUCUUCAGCAGCGCCACGCGCCGAAUCGCGUCCCGGCACGUUCUGCCGGGCCCGCCCUGGCCAGUCCCCAUAGAGGCGCAGGGAAGCUCUCGAUUUGAUUGGGAAAGAGAGAGCGGAGCUUUGUCCCUUCACGCUGCUCGGCUCCCUUUGCUGGCCAAGGCUUCCCUCCUCUCCGUUUGCCCGCCAGCAGCCCCAGCGGCGCAGCAGAGUCUUGCCGUCCAAGGGCGGCCGCCUGUGCCAGCAGAGCAGAAGCGAGGCAGGUCGGAGGCGCCGCCAGAGCAUGUCCGGCAAGGGCAAGAGAGGCAAGGAGCAGGGGAGAGUGACCUUCCCCCAGCAGCAGCAGCAGCAGCAAGAGGACGAGGAUGAGGGGACAGCGGAAGAGCCGCAGCGGCCGCGCCGGGGCUGGAGGGGAGUCAAUGGGGGGCUGGAGCCCCCGCAGCAGCAGCAGCAGAAGGCGGUGAAAACCCAGCGGGAAACCUACGGCUGUUACCCGCCCUCGCCAGUGCUGGGCAGCAGCAUGUUGGUGGAUGGAAGCCCUUCUUUACGACGUAUGACUGUAAUGCGGGAAAAGGGAAGGCGACAAGCAAUUAGAGGUCCCGCCUUUAUGUUCAAUGAGAGGGGCACAAGCCUGACUGCAGAGGAAGAGCGCUUUCUGGAUGCAGCAGAGUAUGGGAACAUCCCUGUGGUGCGCAAGAUGCUGGAAGAGUCAAAAACACUAAAUGUCAACUGUGUUGAUUACAUGGGCCAGAAUGCCUUGCAGCUUGCUGUGGGGAAUGAACAUUUGGAAGUGACAGAGCUUCUGUUAAAAAAGGAGAACCUGGCACGGAUUGGAGAUGCCCUACUGCUUGCAAUCAGCAAAGGGUAUGUCCGGAUUGUGGAAGCAAUCUUGAAUCAUCCUGGGUUUGCAGCCAGUAAGCGACUGACUCUAAGCCCCUGUGAGCAGGAACUCCAGGAUGAUGACUUUUAUUCUUAUGAUGAGGACGGCACCCGCUUCUCCCCGGACAUCACCCCAAUCAUUUUAGCAGCCCAUUGUCAGAAGUAUGAGGUAGUGCACAUGUUGUUAAUGAAAGGUGCGAGGAUAGAGAGACCUCAUGAUUAUUUCUGCAAAUGCAAUGACUGCACUGAGAAACAAAAGCAUGAUUCUUUUAGUCAUUCCAGGUCAAGGAUAAAUGCCUAUAAGGGACUGGCGAGUCCUGCCUACCUGUCCCUGUCUAGUGAAGAUCCAGUUCUCACUGCUCUGGAACUCAGUAAUGAGCUUGCCAAAUUGGCCAAUAUUGAAAAAGAAUUCAAGAAUGACUAUCGCAAGCUGUCUAUGCAAUGCAAGGAUUUUGUGGUUGGUGUCCUUGAUCUCUGCCGAGAUUCUGAAGAGGUAGAAGCCAUUCUGAAUGGAGAUUUGGAGGCUGAGCUGCCUGAAAUACAAAGGCACAGAGCUUCAUUGAGUCGUGUCAAACUGGCAAUUAAGUAUGAAGUCAAAAAGUUUGUGGCCCAUCCAAAUUGUCAGCAACAGCUAUUGACUAUCUGGUAUGAAAACCUCUCAGGAUUACGAGAACAGGUCAUCGCUAUCAAGUGUCUAGUUGUAUUGGCGGUUGCGUUGGGCCUCCCAUUUCUUGCCAUUGGCUACUGGAUUGCACCAUGUAGUAGGCUUGGAAAAAUUCUCCGCAGUCCGUUUAUGAAGUUUGUGGCACAUGCAGCCUCCUUCAUUAUUUUCCUGGGCCUAUUGGUAUUCAAUGCUUCAGAUAGAUUUGAAGGCAUCUCAAUAUUACCGAACAUGACUGUUACCGAUUAUCCUAAACAGAUCUUUCGGGUUAAGACUACUCAGUUCAGCUGGACAGAAAUGCUGAUCAUGGUAUGGGUGCUUGGGAUGAUGUGGUCUGAGUGCAAGGAGCUCUGGCUGGAAGGACCUAGGGAAUAUAUUUUGCAGCUCUGGAAUGUUCUGGAUUUUGGGAUGCUCUCUAUUUUCAUUGCUGCGUUCACAGCCAGGCUGUUAGCGUUUCUGCAGGCUACAAAAGCCCAACAGUAUGUGGACAGCGAGAUUCAAGGGCCAGACCUCUCUGUGGUCACACUUCCACCAGAAAUAGAAUAUUUUACAUAUGCUCGAGAUAAAUGGCUCCCAUCUGAUCCACAGAUCAUAUCAGAAGGUCUUUAUGCAAUCGCUGUUGUGCUUAGCUUCUCUCGGAUAGCUUAUAUUCUGCCUGCAAAUGAGAGUUUUGGUCCAUUACAGAUUUCACUUGGAAGGACUGUUAAAGACAUUUUCAAAUUUAUGGUUCUUUUUAUUAUGGUAUUCCUUGCAUUUAUGAUUGGGAUGUUCAUAUUGUACUCCUACUAUCUUGGAGCCAAAGUAAAUGCAGCUUUUACUACAGUUGAAGAAAGCUUUAAGACAUUGUUUUGGUCAAUAUUUGGCUUAUCAGAAGUCACAUCAGUUGUCCUCAAAUAUGAUCACAAAUUCAUUGAGAAUAUUGGCUAUGUGCUGUAUGGAAUAUACAAUGUAACGAUGGUUGUGGUUCUACUUAAUAUGCUGAUUGCUAUGAUCAACAGCUCAUACCAAGAAAUUGAGGAUGACAGUGAUGUGGAGUGGAAAUUUGCUCGCUCUAAGCUCUGGUUAUCAUACUUUGAUGAUGGAAAAACCCUGCCACCUCCAUUCAGUCUUGUACCAAGUCCAAAGUCCUUUUUUUAUUUCUUCAUGAGAAUUUUUAAAUUGUUUAAGUGCAGGAGGAAAAGGCUACAGAAGGAUAUGGAAAUGGGAAUAGGCAACUCAAAAUCCAGGCUAAAUCUCUUUUCACAGUCUAACUCAAGGGUUUUUGAAUCGCACAGCUUUAAUAGCAUUCUUAAUCAGCCAACACGUUAUCAGCAAAUCAUGAAGAGACUUAUAAAACGUUAUGUUUUGAAAGCACAAGUUGACAAAGAGAAUGAUGAAGUCAAUGAGGGUGAAUUAAAGGAAAUUAAACAAGAUAUUUCCAGUCUUCGUUAUGAACUUCUGGAAGACAAGUCUCAAGCAACAGAGGAGUUAGCAAUUCUCAUCCAUAAACUCAGUGAGAAACUCAACCCAAGUAUAUCACGAUGUGAAUGACCUAGAAUGAUGUAACCUGACUUAAUCCCUGAACUUUGAUCACAGCACAAGCAUUGGCAAUAAUAUUUCUGAGUGACUUAUACUUGAAAAAUGUAUUGUAGAUUUUUUAGCACUAAAUAACUUUAUGUACAGUUUUGUUUGAAAUACAGUCCUAGAAAAUUUUAUGACUUUAAAUGCAAAAAAUGUUUAAUGUGUAUUAUAAAGCGUAUUUUGCAUUUAUUUAAAAAAAAAAACAUGUAGUUGUAUCUGAACAAUCUUGCAUUGCUAAUAGUUUUCUGAACAAAUGUACAUUCUUUGCACUGAACAAGGCAGGGGCAGUGGGGGCUGGGGGGACAUUGUGGAUUAAAUCUGUCCUCAAACAGGUGUGAACAAGGUUCUGUGGCCGUAGUGACAAAUGUCAGCCAGAUCAGUGAACUAUUACUUGAAAUUACUUUGGGCACAAUCAAGCCGAAGUUAAGCCAUGUUUAACUAACAUUCUCUCUCUCUCUCUCUCUCUUUCUCUCUCUGCAUGUGCUUUCUACCCUGAAGUCAAUGAAACAUACAGCCUAAUCUUAAGUAUAUUUAUAGUCCCCCUAUGUUCAGUGGGGCUUAGUCCUUACUAUGGGUGCAUACGAUGGAAACCUUUUAAGUGCUAAGCUUUUGCUGGAUCAUGCCCCUGUGUUAUUUAUCAAUUUUCUUCAAGAAAGGAAAAAGCCAUGGUAUGGGCAGUGAAGAUAAAACUGUGGCUAUAAUAUUAGUAGUGCUGUUUAACAUACACUUAACUACAUAUGUAUUUUUCAUAAUAUCUGCUUUCAGAAAAUAGGAAUUGGUUUUGUUUUUUUUACUUUGAGCAAAUGUGAACUCUGUCAAAAUAUACAUUUUCAUGUGGCGACGAUAAUUUUUUAAAAUUAAGAUACUAUGCAGGGCUGAUAUUUUGUUACAUUGUUCUAAAUACUGCCUCUGAUGCUUACUUGUUAAAUAAAAUAUUCAUACUUUA